AUGAGCUUAAAACUCGAUGGAGCGAAACGAUGGAAACAAGUGAAAGAAAAGAUGAUGAAAAGCCAUGGGGUUGUGCUGCACUUUUCCAACACUCACGAUAAUUAUCACUCGGCAUAUCAAUAUGUCACGAAGCAAGACACGGAAGUGCUUUUAAGUCCCAAUCACCCUAACCUUAGCGAAAUCGGUUCUCCUGGAACCAAAACAUGUAUCCGUGCAUAUCGAGAAAGUCGAAAGCGCAAACAAAACGAGAAUGCAAAUGUCCAACAAGAAGCAAAGGCUAAAAAAAUAAGACGUCUCAGCAAUUUCGAAGUCUCCGAAUUUUUGGUGGCAAAUCAAAUAAAAAGCGAAACUCCGAGCUACUUGCACUUGCAGACACUCAAAGCAAAGAAGGGAAGAAAGACUUAG